ACUCCUGGCUUGUUCCAAGACAGCUGCUGCUGGAGCAGCCGCGACGACGACGCCCUUGAAGGGUUAAUCCGAAGCCCCCCCACUCACGUCCCCACCUCCCGCCCCUUUCGGAGAGAGCCGCUGCGAAGCAACCUCGCUCUGGUUUGAAAACGCACCCGCAGGCUGCUUGUGCGCCCAGGGCGCACGGAGCUCGCGCUUUGGCCACCCGGAAGCCUCCGUCUCUUCUCCGGCUGCUCCCCCAAACAACCAAGAGCCCCCGACGGCAAAUCCCUCUCCUGUCUCUGGUCUCUUUCUCUCUCAGCCCAGUUCCCGCGCGGGGCCCUCCGCAGCCUGGGGACGAUGCGCCUCUGAGUGGCUCGGUUUUGGGAGACCCCCUCGCCACUUUUGCGCGCCCAGGUUGCAGCCGUCCAAAGCGCUUCUUCCAAGCCGAGCGGCCCUUCCCAAAAUGCCGCUGGCGUUCUUUUGGUGCUGCUUCUGCUUCUCCUUUUGGGGAUGUACCCUCGGGACGGGAUUCCUCUACCAGUUCCCAGCGUCGGCCUUGCAGCACAACUACCCGGAGCCGAAUUCCGGAGGGCCGUCGGGCAAUGGCUUUGCCAAUCGCCGGCACUGGUGUCAACACACGGUCACCCGGACUGUUUCCUGCCAGGUGCAGAAUGGCUCAGAGACUGUGAUCCAGAGGGUUUAUCAAAGCUGCCGGUGGCCGGGACCUUGUGCCAACUUAGUGAGUUACAGGACUCUCAUCAGACCCAUGUACAAGAUCUCCUACAGAACACUGACUGCCCUGGAAUGGCGAUGCUGUCCUGGCUUCGCGGGAAGGAACUGCGAGGAAGAAUGUAUGAAUUGCACGAGACUCACAGAUAUGACUGAGAGGCUGAACACCCUUGAAGCCAAGAUCCUUCUGCUCGAGGCUGCAGAGCAGGCUCCGCCGUCGGAAAACGACCUGCCGAUGGCAAAGACGACGGUCCCCACGUGGUACGAUGACUUGGUGCCAGAUGCCAUUCCCCUGGCCAAUCCAGGGACCAUCCUGAGGAAAGCAACAGGACCCAUCGGAUUACCGGGGCCAGCUGGGAAACCAGGACCGCAAGGCCCGAAAGGUGAAAAGGGAGAGACUGGUGAGAGGGGCCCGUCUGGACCACCAGGGCUGCUUGGACCUCCAGGACCCAGGGGAUAUCCAGGUGAAACCGGCAUUCCUGGCCCUCCGGGACCCCCAGGACCACCAGCAUCUCCUGGCUUCCCGUUAACCUUCCAGCAAGGAGUUCUGUACUCGCUGCAGCCCAACGCUGAGAAAGAAAAUGGGGAGCCACAGCUGGCAUCCACCGUGAUUGACACCAUCCUGGCUGGUUUGCCUGGGCCUCGUGGCGCACCUGGGCCCGUUGGACUUCCAGGGCCACCUGGAUCUUCAGGUCCCAAAGGGGCCCUGGGACCUAUUGGCGCACCUGGGCUGCAGGGCAUGCCUGGUUCUCCUGGACAGCCCGGAUCAAAAGGCUCCAAAGGAGAUCGAGGAGAAAGGGGGGAACCCGGUAAAAAAGGUGACGAAGGAGACAAAGGCGCAGAUGGCGAAGGUGUCCAACAGCUUCGGGAGGCCCUGAAGAUUUUAGCAGAGAGGGUGUUAAUUUUAGAGCAUAUGAUUGGAAUCCAUGAUUCUUUGUCUUCCGUUGAACCAGGCUCGGGACAAGACGUGAUCCUGGGCGCCCCUCUCCGCGCAAACGUGAAAACCAAGCGGCAUCACUCCAACCAGAUUCUGUCCUCGCUUUUGGACGGCAGCGAGAGCAAAGGGAAAAGGAGCCGAAGGAAAUAGGACACCAGUCCAACAGCGAGGGCUGAAGAUCUUCCAGAGAUUUAGGCACAGAGGUCCCUGCAGGACAGGAGGAUGGAUCAACCCGUCGGAAUAGGAAGGCAUUCCUUGAACUCUCUUUGAUCUUUAAAAUGUAUACUUCACAGUUACUACAUUGCCCUAUCUCUGCCCCUGUGUCAGUGUCCAUCUCAGAUGACCACAGUCAUGCCCAGAAACCCCAAAGGCCAUGUGCGAUAAAGAAACUUUUUAGAGGGUGCUCUUGAUGCAAGAUCUGCCCAAAUUUUCCACCUUCAUGGAAGCUUUUGCAUCGACCCCUGCUUGCCGAGGUACCCUUUUGUGUCUGCGGUGGAAUCUGCCUGCAUUCUGGAAUAUUUAGCUGUGAUUCUGUGAAUUCAUGCUGGAUGUGGCUGUUGUACCAAUUUAAUUUUAGGUGGGUUUUUCAUUAGGCACCAAAACGUUUGAUCGGGGAACUAGUACAAGACAGACCUGACAGACUCCAGAACAAAUCACAGAUCUAGCAGAAAGUUUCUUUGAAAGGUAGCCCAACAAGCUUCCUGCAAACUCGAAAGGAGAAAAAAUGAAACACAGCCAUGUAAGUAUAUGAAGAAACAAAGGAAGGAGACAUUUCAGCUUUUCCAGGAGAGCAGUGGUGGUGAUUGGAGUCCCAGAUCUCUCGUUUCACAUAUGAGCAAGGGUGCAGUCCCAGAGAAUUCAUGCACACCAAGCAGGCUUCUCUAUUCCUUCUUUCUCUCUCCACUCAGGAUGGGGGGGAAAUUGCACACAGAAUUUAUCGACAUCGCACAGCAUGAGAAGCGAAACACAGCCGUCCUACAAAAUUCACACGUAUCCAUGCUCUGCAGGGCAGUUCUCUCAUCCACCAGUGUUUACAAAAAUAAAUAAACGCAUCUAUUGGGAGAAAGCGUACCUACAAACGCAUGCACUAGUGAAAAGAGCCUACCAGGGGAAUUCUGGUUCAUUGGUUCAACCAACAGUAUUUACUAGUCCAAACCAAUAAAAGUGAUUGCAGGCAGUUGGAGAGGCUGACCCUCUGGGACUCUCCCAAGGCUACAAUUCUGUGAUCCUAAGUGCAUUCUCUCAGGAUGCAAGGCCAAUAAGGAACUGGUUCUGCCAGAGUUUACACACACCCUUUUAAAAGACUGACUACCCCUGUUAGUAAUGCGGUUAUUUUAAACAUUCGGGUCCUUUCUUUGAGCUGAGAACUCAAAGCCGCAUUCCAACCCGUAAGAUAAGUCCCAGGCCAGGGGUUAAGAAGCAUGAUCUUGGCUAUAAAUCAGAAAUCCUCCCCCAUCUCAUGCCACUUUGUCGGAGAGAAGUAAUAACUGGGGAUUCCUACACUCUUCUUUGCCUCUGCAAGUACGCUCCCAGCGUGCAAGAAGAAGAUAAGAAAAUCAUUUUAAGGGUUUAAUCCUCUUUUAAAGCUGUCCAAGAUGGCUGCCAUCUCAUCUCUUGUGGGUGUCAAUACCAUUCUUUAUGUUUAUGCCUGUCCUAAGACUUACAUUUGUUGCAUUUAGAUCCUUGCUGGUUCUCCAGGAGCUCAAGAUGGUGUACAUGGUUCUCCCUCUCGUAUAAUCCCCACCCACUGUAAGAUAGUUUGGGCUGAGAGGCAGUGACUGGUCCUAAGUCACACCCAGUGAGCUACAUGGAUGAGUGGAAAUUUGAACCCAGUUCUGCCAUGUUCAACAAAUUAAACACUACACUGCACUAAUACCUCUCCACACCAUGUAUAUUUUUAAAAAAACAUCUCUAUAACCUCACUUCGUACUCACCUUUCUCCCUAAACUAAAAGUCAUAAAUAUGGCGAGCUUUCCUCAUAUCGGGGAAUUGUUCCAGCCCCUUGGUCGUUUUGCUCAACAUUUUCGCAAACGUUUCCAUCUCUGCAAUAUCCUUUUUGAGGGGGGGCAGCCGCCCGCCCCUUCUGCUUUAGUGUUUACAGGGAUGUCCACAAAACCCGCCGUUUGCUGUGGAAUCAAACGUACGGGAAAGGUGCUAUUAAUUUCCACAAAGCUCGUUCUGAGCUGUUUUGAGCCAUGCAAGACGGUUUAGGCCGGAUCUCUGUGUGGUUUUAAAUGUUCGCAAAUAUCUCGUCUUGUUAUAAACUCCUUGCCUUCGCAACUGGUCGUGUGGUCUCGCUGAUGUUCAGCUACCAAGGUUUAUUGAGCUUUCGCCCUGUUUCAUGAGCUCCAUUGGUCUAUCAGGCCAUAGAGCAGUGAUCUCCGGUUAGGCAGCUAGAUUUCAGGCAGACACGGAAGCCAGCUUGGGUCUCUCCUUCGCAAAGCAGCCUGCUUUCCAAAGUUCGUGUUGCAGCUUCCUGCAGACCUCGCUUUGGGUCUGAGAUGUGGAAACCUGAUGUGGGCAGGGCAGUUUUGAAACCUGGUUCAGCCUGGAGGCUUCCAUAUGCUGACCCCUAAAGGGAAAUAGUUCCCCUAAAGGGAAAAGAAAGCUUUUGCCUACAGAUCGUGCAUCAUUACUGUUCAGACCUCCCAGCUGUUAAUUGUAUCUUCUCCCACCCUCCCAAUUUGCUAUGGGUUUCAUUACUGCGUAUGAAAUGUUUUGUACUAUUGGAGACACUAUUAAAGAACCCAUAGAUACCAAAACUUUCUUAUUUAAUGCACUGAGAAAUAAAACAUACUGUAAGCGAAAA